AUGCCUGAAUCCUUCACGGCCGCCCGCAACCGCCGCAAUGAUGAGAUCGUGCGGCUCGCCGACCAGCACAUGCAGAGUGACCUGCAGCCCGCAGACCGCGACGUCUUGAAAAGUGCCGCCUCCAAAGUCUCGCUCUGGACCACUGUCGGUUCCGCAGUGGGCAUCGGUCUCGGUCUCUAUGUCGCUUUCCGACUGCGCAGCACGCGCAAGGCAUUCUUCGAGGCCUUCCGAGCGCAGGAGAAGCCAACACAGGUGGUGUUUGCCGAUGGUCGGACAGAAACCAUUCCCGAUAUCACGCCGCUGCUAAAACCAACGACAUUCGGUGAUUUCGCGACGUAUUUCUUUGCCGGCGCAGGUGGACUCUUUUUGGGCGGAGAGCUGGGCUUCUUCGCCGGAGCAGCCAGUGGAAGUCGCAGCAUCACAGCAGACCCCGAGCGGAGGAAGCGGAUCGAGACCGCGUUUAGGAAAUUCCGAGCAGAUGUGCUGCGGAAGGAGGCGGAUGAGCUGGAUCGGGACAAGAACAUUUUCGACAAGAUGUUUUAA